AUGGUCAUUGCCAUGGAGCAGAGCAAUCAUUCAGGAAAAGUCUUAGUUACUACAUUAUAUCCAUUCAAAGCACAAAAUACAGAUGAAUUAUCAUUUGCAAAGGGUGAUGUUAUUAUUAUAACACAAGCACCCACCGAUGGAGGUUGGUGGGAAGGAACGUUGGAUGGUAAAACCGGCUGGUUUCCGUCGAAUUAUGUUGAACAAUUGUCACAAAAAAUAGGUAGGAGAAAAGAAAAAUGA